CGUCGUGGUUGUGGUCAUGUUUGUAAACAGACCCCAGCUGACCGCUCUCGGCCCCGUGUUGGGGCUCUUGCUCCAGUAAAAACCUUCAUGCAAACUGCACUUAUCGCGAAGAAGAAGCUGCCGACAAGAUUUUAUUGAAGAAAAUCUUGCUCUUGUGGGAGUUUACACGAGGAAACAUUAUUACCAGCUACGAAACACUUGGAUACACUUGUCGCAAAUCUUUCAUGGAAGAGUUUGGAGUUGUGUAUUAUAUACUGGUGGUGCCUCUGUCACUACCAGUAAUUCUCCUCCUCCUUUACAUCAGAUGGCUUGGAUGGGAGUUGUAUACAAACAACUGAGAUAAGUGAUGACCAAUUACAGUAUAUUAAAUCAAUGCCAACUUCAUGUGUAUCUCCUGAGAUAUACUGUAUUUAUUUAGUAUGGUCAAGAAUACAAGAUUCUUGUAUGCUGAUUUAUGAAGAUAUUAAUAAAAUAUUCUUGAUUGAGGGACCUCAUAUGAAUACAGUGCUGUAGCCAUCUUUAACUCAUGUCACUUGAGUUGUUGUAGUAAUGGCAGAGCCUAUAACAACUUCCACCCUUCAAAAAAAUACAGCUGCUGCAAAUACAGCUCUGGCCCAUGGACAGCCUGUACCUUUGACAUUUGAACAGCUGUCUUUUCCUAAAGUCAAAAUAUCCAAGUCUAUAGCCAGAAGGCCUGUUCAUAUUCCUGUGCAAUCUACUUCACUAGCAGAGGGGUUUAACAAUACUGAGUCACCAGUACCAGCAUUAGUAACAGCUAGUAAUUGUCUUGUGACCUCAAUUUCAAGCCAAGUAGACAAUUUAGUAGUAAUGAAAGCAAAAUGUGAACCAUUGGGGCUUUCCUCUGAAUGUAAGGUCCCAAGUAAAGGUGGAUGUCUUCAAAGGAUUCUGAAUCAUUCAUCAAACAAUUCUGAAGGGUCUGCUCAUGAGACUGAUAAUGUAUUAGCUACAAUUAACACAAAUAGUGGUGUUGAUUCAAAUACCAUUGUCAUUAGAGAAGAUAUGGCUGGAUGUAUGGUGAUGAAUCUGGAAGGCAACAUGGUAGUUCAAGAGCAUCCUUCAGCUCAGGCCCCUGCUGAGCCAUAUUUAGUAGAUGAACAACUCCUGGUACAGGUCACUCAAGAACACGAGCCUGAGCGAGCUCACACAAGUGACUCAACGAAUAACUCCAGAAUACUUCAUGGAAGCAUCUCUUAUGUAAAAGGGACUACAGAAAGAUCCAUUUUUGAUGAUGAUAUCAGGAAAAAUCUAUCCAGGAAGCCUGAAGAUAAAAAGAUUAAAAUAAAUGUAAAUACUAAAUUUAAUUUUGGAAGUAAGAUUCAAAAUCAGUCAAAUUUUGAAUCAAGAUGGAACUUUCAUGCAAGUCUAGCAAAGUCAGAAUGUCCUUUAGUUAUCAAAGCAUCUCAAGAUGAUCUAAAGUUAGAAGAUGAAAGUGAAGCAGAAAACUUUGGUCGGCCAAGGAGGAAAUCUGCCAAGAAAGCAAGACUUAAAUGGAAGAAUAUUCAUGAUGUUGACAACAUUGGAAAAAUUGGAAUGAAAAAAACUAGGCACCUUCAUUUUCUCUCCAGAAAUAAACAUUUAAAUAAGAUAGAGAACCCCAUGGAGACCAUAGCAAAUGAGCAAGUGGCCCAGGAUCUUCCAGUGUGGGCUCAGCACCUUACUUCUGUGCAAGUGUUAGAUAAUAAGUGGGUGGUGGGUGUGGCAUCUUCCAGUGAAAUACUUCAUCAAACUCUUGAAGGACACUCUCGUAGUGUUCUCUGUGAUUAUAUAAAAAGUCAUCCAAGUAGUUUACAGCAGCGCCAUCUUGCAAGGUCACAGGCUAGCCGUAUAAUGUGGAACCAUCAGCGAAUCAAAUUUGAUGGGGUACCUUUUACCAUUCUCUCCUCUGAUGACCUCAAGUGUGCAUUUGGAAUGAAUUACAAAAUUAAGAGGAAAGAUGCAGAGAAAACGGCUGAAAACAGAAUGACAGAUAGAACAGAAGGGAACUUUGAGCACGAAAAAAGAAUUUCUGAAGCCUCCGAAGACACAGUAGCAAGACAAGCACACAAAGACAGAUUAAGAGGAGGAGUGAUAAAUGAUAGUCAACCCAAGAAACGAUACAAAGAUGUUACUUUUACCUCGUGCACUGCCAGGAUUAACGUUAAAGUAAUUGUCAAGUACCCAGGGUAUGCAGUUCCCUAUAAUGCAAUGGCAACAGAAAGAAAAGUAAUGCUAAAGGCACUCCGAAGAGACAUGAGCCAGGGACUAACUUUGGAAAAGGAAGAACUUUACCACAUAACUUUGCCAUUAAGUGUAGUUCACAAUCACCCACUGCAAGGCAGAUCACGUAGCAUCCAUCCAUCUAUAACUAAUAAGAUUAAAGAACUUAUAUGUGAAGGGGUUACUGCUCCAAAAUCAAUAAAGGGUAUUCUAGACAGUCAUGUGGAAAUGCAGCAUGUUGGAGACAUGGUGGUUCCACAGCCUGAUGAUAGGGCAUAUUAUCCUCGUCUAAAGGAUAUAGCUAAUCUUGUUUAUACCCUUUGUAAGAAAAUGGGGAUAUCAGCCAAACGGAAAGUCUCCAGUGAACAAGUCUCCUUUGAAAUGAGCCAGAGAAAGAAAAGGAAGCAAAAAAGAACUAGAUUUGGAGAGAAUGAAACAGGGUGUUGUGAUAAUGUGAUGUCUAAUAGUGCGCCCUUGCAAGCCUCAACCUUACAGGAAGCAGUACAAACAUUUUGCACAGAUGAGCCAGAUAGAGGCAGUCUUGGAGACCUGGAAGGACGAGAGUGCAUAUCGACUGAUGUUUUACCAAGAGAUCGAUCAGGAGAGGCUGCCAGUUUUGCAGAAAUGGUGCGAGUACAACUGGAUACUCUUCGUAGCCUUACUUAUUCUCUUCAUGAGGUAGGUGGCCUUCAAGAAUUGUAUCAGUCUCUUCAGGUCAUCCUAAACCAGUAUAUGGCUAACCAGCAUCACACAUUACCAGAGGGGAUAGCUGAAGCACCUGCUACUACUGCUUUUAUCAUACAAGAUUCUAUGGUAGAUCCAUUGUCUUCAUCAGCAUCAUCAGCUCAGGGUGUACCAGAGUCUACAGAACAUUUAGUGAUAUCAGAAAGGAAUGAAACUGGAUCUGUGGUAACCAAUAAACCAAGAAGUGCACAGAGUAUUGGAAGUCAGCAUGUUCGUCAGUUGAGACCUCCGGUGGCACUGCAGUGCUUAACAACCAGCAUGGUUCCAACUCUAGCAGUGUCACAGCUUCCUAGAACAACCGGUCAAAAUCCUCAUCAAACACACACACACAUUGUCACAUCUGUAUCUCAUAGUGGAAGCAGUUCAGCAGCAACUACCAUACCAGCACCAACUUUUCAGACCUUAGGCCCAGCCACACAAGACAGUCCUCAUGCACCUGUUCACUUAUCACUCCCGCCAUACUUUUAUUAUGUUCAAGAAGUUACUGUUCCAGAGUCCAGCCAAAAUUGGACAUAUACGCCUUCAUCAUAAAAUUAAGUUAUAAAGUCUUGAAGAAACUCCCUGAUGCUAGCACUGAGAUCGUUCCACACAUAUCAUCCCUAGGAGUCCUCAAUAGCCUACUGGUGACCAGAGCCAGACUCUGGCUCCCUCACAGAGCUGCAGGGAGCAGGGGGAUUGUUAUAAUCACCCUCACCAAGGAAACAUCCAAAAAGUAAGCAAAGUAAUACAGACAAUUCCAUGAAUCACAAAGUAAUAAAAAGUGAAGCAGCAAACAACCCUGCAAACAAUACGCUCAGUAACAGUGGCAACUCGCCCGUAGGUGCUGCUGAGCUGCAGUCCCCCCCAGACACUCUGCCAGGUGUAUGACUCCAUCAACCUCACACUACAAUAAUAAACAAACAAAUGUGUCAUAACAGAAAAUCUUUAUAUGUUAUUUUCAAUAUAUUUAUAACUGAAUU